AUGAACUAUUUCAAAAAGGUUUUGAGUGGAUCAAAUGUACUGUGUAUUCAAAUUGUGCAAAUAUUUUCCAUUUAUACUUCAAAAUAAUAUCGUCGCAUGCACUUUGAACAAGUAAUAAACACGAGACAUCCUUAAACAAAUACUUGCUAAAUUUCUACAAUAAAAACAGUAAUAACAAGAUUUACAAAAGUGAUCAAUAUUGGAAGCAAGUACAACUUAAAAUUAAAUAGCUACAUAGUUUUUUUGUCUUACUAUGAUUAUUCCAUAGUUGAUAAGAUUAGCUUCAGUGGUGAAGGAAACAAUACUAGUCCACAAGAAGCACUGGUUUACCAAGUGAAAAGCGGAAGUUAACAUUUAGUUCAUGCAGAGAAAAAUUAUGACUACCAUGUUAUGCAAGUGUUAUAUGUGGUAUAAGAAUUAAAUACAGAGGCCAUCAAAACAUGCCAAAUUCAGUAGUUAAAGUCAAUAUAUAAGAUUAUGAGUUUAAUACUGAAGCAUUCCUAUGGCUGUCACAUAAUACAAAAAAUGACUCCUAACAAGAACAAUUUUAUUCUUGUGUAACAAGAGAUAGUUGUAAGUCUUGCUGAACCUUGA